AUGGGAGAUUAUUGUUUGUUCGCACGGUCAUGCGGUCAAAAGAAGCGUGUGCCGAGCGGACGGCACAUUGAUAUCCAGGAGGAGCAGGAGCCGGCGGAGGUGAACGUGGGCGCGGUGGCGACGGGGUCGGGGUCCAACCUGUUCGGCGUGUCGGGGCGGCUGGCGUCGUGGGUGCGCGAGCUGUCGUCGCUGCGCUCGCGCGCCUCCGACGACGCGGCGGCCGAGCCGCUGCAGCCGCCGCACCACCCGCUCCCGCCGCACCAUCCGCACCACCCGCCGCGGCCCAACGGCCUGCUGCACGACACCACCGGCUGCUAG